AUGCAUGCUUCAUAUGUUWCAUUAUUUAUUUUGACCGUCGAAGGAUCGAUCGGUGAUGAAAUGAACAACGCCUACUUAUUUCUAUGUGURGAGUGGGCAUAACAGCAGUAUAUAAGAAGACUAGAUCUACGACUUAAGUUAUCUGAUGGCUGUCAUGGAUAUUCAUUUUAUAGUUGUCUAUAUUCUUUUGACUACUGGCUGUUAUUGCAUGACAGAAAAUGUACCCAAGGGACAUCUUCAGCCCUUAGGGUCUCACAGACCAAUGGAGGGCUAUAUCAAAUCAUUGGAUUAUGUCCCAUCUCCAAGAGAGUUCCAUCAUGAUUAUGUACUUGCAUCAAAAGCAGUGAUAUUCAAAGGAGCUGCCACAAAAUCAAAGGGAUUUGAACUAUGGACUGAUGAUUAUUUAAGGGUGAACUAUGGUGAUGAGGUUGUAAGAGUUGAUUAUGGCAAGAAAGAGAACAGAUAUCGUUCUGCUGAUGACAUGCCGCUGGCUCAAUUCUUAAGUAUAUACAARGACACUGAUCGUUACUUAAUUGAUGCAUUACCUGUCAAAAUGUGGAAAGAAUUUUCUUUGCCGAGAUGUUUGUUAUGUGGUGGCUAUACUGAGGCAUUGCAGGAUUCUGUUCUGUGGUUUAGCAGUGGAGGAACAAAAUCCCAUCUUCACAAUGACAAAGUYGAAAAUAUAAACUGUCUCUUCAGUGGACAGAAGACCUGGUUCUUUGUUGAUGCAAAUCAUUCUAAAAGUAUCAUUAUGGAUCACAUGGAYGGCGAAUACUGCAGUGUUAAUGUAGACAGUGUUGACAUGCAUAAAUACCCAAGUCUACAGAACAUACCAUGGUGGCUGGCAGAACUUGAGGCUGGAGAUUGUAUUUAUGUACCAUAUGGUUGGGCACAUCAAGUGACAUCACUGUCCAGGAACCUGGCUGUUAAUAUCUGGUGGUCACCUGGUAUCACCUUUAAUGACACUAAUUGUCCAGCAUCAGAUCAAAGUGAGCUUAGUAAUUUUAAGUUUACUCAUGGUGAAAUGUUACGUUUUCAGGCUAUUCAAGUCAUCAACGRCAAUGGUGGAUCAAUAUCUUUUGAGAAAAUCAGUUCACUAAUUGUGCAUGAGCACUCUGGAGAAAGACUGAUAACCAAAGAGAGAUUCAAUCUUUUGGAUGGAAAUGGAGAUGGUGUACUGACUGAAGAAGAAUUGAGAAGUAUAUCCACACAUGUUGUUGAGGAUGCAUUUGGAGGAACUCCACCAGGGGAGGUCAAUCUUGUUGGAGCUGCUCGUCAGAAAGACUGGGCAGUAAAUGACAUCAUCAAUAACGUUAAACCCAGCCCAUAUGUUGAAGAGUUCCUUUUGAGGCCCGAUAAAACCCGACAAGAGAUCGAAGACUUCUUAAAGAAUCAACAAAGUAACCUCCCUGAUGUCGUAACAGACUAUUUAAGAAAUAAAAUGAAUGAAUUACGCGAUGAAGAAAAGCUGGAAGUUCGUCACGAUGAAUUCUGAAGACAGAUUACGCUUUCAACCUCUGUAUUUCCAUAUAAUGUUAUUAUUUAUUGAAUUUACUUUCAUCAGUGUUACUCCAUGUAACAAUCCAUACUUUAAGUCACUCAUUCGUGAAAUAUCUCACCGUCCAUCUAUUCACUCAUUUACUCUCAUCUAUCCAAUUAUUCUUGUCCGAUCAUCCUACACACAACUACCACCUAACAACCGCUACCUAUCACAAUAACUAAUGUCAUUAGUAAAAUAAACUUUAAAAAUGAAAUGU